GUGAGAUAAUGGCUAGUUAAGACUGUUCAAUGGACAUUUCUCUGAUACUUUUAUUUUACAUCAUUAAGCUAAAACAAAAAUGGCAGUCUGAUUUUUUGUAAACUUGUUGCAAACAGUCACAGUUUUCAAUGUGUAGAGUUGAAACUACAAUUAAAAAUUCUUCAGUACAGUAAUAAAUUAUUUGUUAUAAAAUAGAUUUAAUUCUGAUUUGUAAGGAAAUAGGGUAGAUGGCACUUUUUCAUGACAUGCCGAUUUCAUGACAGAAUUUUGAUACACUGGUUGGAGAGGGUGGUGGUCAGAUGAGUGGUGGGCAGAAGCAGAGGAUUGCAAUCGCUCGAGCACUGGUCAGAAACCCCAAAAUCCUUCUGCUGGACAUGGCCACCUCAGCCCUGGACAAUGAGAGUGAAGCUGUAGUGCAGGAGGCACUGGACAAGGCCCGCAUAGGCAGAACCACCAUCAUUAUUGCUCAUCGUCUGUCUACAAUCUGUAAUGCUGAUGUGAUUGUGGGUUUUGAACAUGGCCGUGCUGUGGAGAGGGGCACACACAAACAAUUAAUGAGCAGACAGGGAGUCUAUUUUACUCUUGUUACACUCCAGGAGCAAAGAAGCAUGAAUCCCCAAACAGACAAAACAUCUGAAGCCAGCAAUCUUGAGGAUGAUAGGAUUGAGCAGAUAACAAGUUUCAAUAGAGGAAGCUAUGGGUCAAGUUUAAGGUACAAAACAAUCAAACAUAAUCUUUUCUCAGAAUUUUAGAUGGCAAAAAUAUUUGUUCCAUGUAGUAGAUUGUAUAUAAUUCUGAAAAUAAUCCAAAUGUCUGCAGGCGAUCCUUGCGAAUCAGGUCACACUCCCAAAUGUCAAACCACUUCAUUGAUGCCAUAUCUGGAGAAAUUAAAUUUGAUUCUGAGAGCCUUGAAAUUAAG